AUGCUAUUGGAGUUAGCUAGUUCAUUUGCUAAUCGAUUUGCAAUCAAGGGAUAUGAUAUUUUUGAGAAUGGUGACGAAAGACUUCCCAUAAAUGAUCGUGAUUUGGAGAAUCGACGUCAAAUCGAUGAAAUUUGUCGUCCUCUUAUGAUCAGUGAUGACGAUUUAAAGCGAGUGAUGAGUGAAUUGCUUAAAGCAAUGGAAAAAGGAUUGAAUAGCAAAACUGCACCGUCAGCAGCAGUAAAAAUGUUGCCUUCCUUUGUUCGGGCAGUGCCGAAUGGUACUGAAGUUGGAAAUUUCCUCGCGCUUGAUCUUGGCGGCACCAAUUUCCGUGUGCUAUUGAUUAAAUUGAACGGACGAAAUGCCGAAAUGACCGGGACGAUCUUUCGUAUACCAGAAAAUGUAAUGCGCGGCACUGGUGCAGGGCUGUUUGAUCAUAUCGCUGAAUGUAUGGCUCGUUUCAUAGAGGAAAAAAAUAUUAAACAAGCUGAAAAGCUUCCACUUGGUUUCACGUUUUCGUUUCCAUGUCGACAAGAAAAUCUGACAUGUGCGAAACUUAUUAACUGGACCAAAGGUUUCAGUGCAAGUGAUGUUA